AUGAGUGGGUUCCAAGGAUACCGACAUGUGAACAGCACAAGAAGUGGCAUACUGGUAGAGGAUUCUGGUCAAUAUGGCGACACAGACAUUUUCUACUCCGAACUAAAUGGGACAGUAAACUCUUCUAACGUCACCGCAGCUACUCCUACCCAUGGACGAGACGAAGAGCUGGCUAAAGUCGAAAUCGCUGUCCUCGCCACCAUUUUGUACUUCGCCUUAUUUGGCAAUAUGUCGGUGCUUAUUGUGCUGCGCUUGCGUAGAAAGAAACUUUCUCGAAUGCAGUGGUUCAUUGUGCACUUAAGCUGUGCGGAUCUCUUUGUGGCUAUUUUCAACAUCAUGCCUCAAAUGAUUUGGGAUAUUACUUAUAGUUUCUAUGGCAAUGACUUUUUGUGCAGGUCGGUGAAGUAUUUUCAAGUUGUAGCAAUGUUCGCGUCAUCUUAUGUACUAGUCAUGUGCGCCAUUGACCGGUACCUGUCCAUCUGUCACCCACUAACGAGCCAUACGUGGACACCAAUUCGUGGUCACAUUAUGAUUCUGGCUGCAUGGAUUAUGUCCCUUUUAUUCAGCCUACCAAAUGGCAUCAUAUUCUCUUAUAAAGAACUGCCUGGCGGAGUAUACGACUGCUGGGUGGAUUUUGACCCUGCAUGGACCCUGCAGUUGUACAUCACCUGGAUAUUCAUCGCCAUUUUUGUCAUUCCCUUCGUCAUUUUGACUUUCGCCUACGGUUGCAUCUGUCAUGUAGUGUGGAAAAGUAUGAAAACGAAGGAAUCCUCUACCAAGCUAACCACAGUGCCUAGUGCGAAAAGUUUUCGCAAACCCUGCCGAAUUUCUUUUCGACACGAAAAUGGAAAACUUAUGGAAGGUUACCACGACAACUCGUCAAAACGAGGCAGCGGAAGUUCGGCUCCGCGUGCGCACACGCAACGCUUGUCACGUGCUAAGAUGAAGACGAUCAAGUUGACUUUGGCCGUGAUUUUGUGCUACGUCAUAUGUUGGGCUCCCUUUUUCAUAGCACAGAUGUGGUCGGCCUAUGACGAGAACGCGCCCUUCAACGGGAAGGCCUUCACCAUCUUGAUGCUACUCGCGAGUCUGAAUAGCUGCACCAACCCAUGGAUAUACCUUGCGUUCAGCGGUCACCUCUGUAAUAAAGCCAGGGGACGCUUCUCCCGACCCCCAGCGAGUUCUUUCUUGGAUUCGGGUACAAGGUCCACCAUGAUGGAAACAAGUGUUAGAAGGGGAGGUAACCGGCGUGAGAGCGAGUACUCCGGUGCGUACAGCACGAGUAAUUUUUGA